GAAUGCAGCCUGACUCCGAAUCGGACGGGCGGAUUCGCUGCACAGUAGCCAUCGAGCGCCUGGGUGCAGUAGCCACCCCGAAUCGAGUCCUUCUCCGCGAUGCCUGGGUCACGCUGGGCCGGGACGAGUUCCGUGAACUGGUCUUGCAAGUGGCCGCUACCUGUGGCCCAGGGCGUGCCCAGAGCUUCCCACUGCGACUGGAUGAAGUACGACUGUUCACACGUUUCGUGAAGGACGGGAAGAGCUCGAUCCGGCUGGGUCCAGCAGGUCCCAGUCACGUGCAGCUGCUGCUCUCGAACUGUCCUCCGGAUCGGUUGCGUCGUUUCGUGCAAACGUUGCGUAUCAAGUUCGUGGCCGCCCGGGAGAAGGUCGCCCCCGUGGCUGAGCGGGCAAGGCUUCUUUCGACCCUGCCACGCACGUUCGAUACGGUCAGUCCGGUGCAGGCCCGUGACUUGAAACAGGCGAGUGCCCGGCAAGCACUGGCUGAUGUUGCAGCCACACCGGUCAAAGGCCAGACCGGCUGUGAGUCUCGGAAGCGAGUCCGGAGCGAAGCGCUGGAUGGGAAGCAGGUAGCUGAAAGACAGCAGGUGAAGAAGCCUUGGUCGAUGUGCUCCAGAGCAACGCUCUCCCAGGAACAGUCAAUGGUGCUGAGUGCAGUGUUGAGCGGAAAGAAUGUCUUCUUCACAGGCAGCGCUGGGACUGGGAAAUCCUUCCUGCUGAAAAAGAUCGUGGCCUCCCUUCCUCCAAACAGCACGUAUGCCACGGCCAGCACAGGGGUGGCAGCAUGUCAGAUUGGUGGCACCACGCUCCAUGCCUUUGCAGGUAUUGGUUCAGGAAAAGCCCCCCUGCAUCAGUGCAUUGAGCUGGCUCAGAGGCCUGGGGUUCGGCAGCAAUGGCUGAGCUGCCGCCAGCUGAUCAUCGAUGAGAUCUCCAUGGUGGAGGGCGAGUUCUUUGAUAAACUGGAGGCGGUGGCCAGAGUGGUCAGGAAAUGCGAGGACCCAUUUGGAGGAAUCCAGCUCAUCAUCUGCGGAGACUUCUUGCAGCUUCCCCCAGUCAGCAAAGCCACCGAGCAGCCCAAAUUCUGCUUCCAGGCAAAGAGCUGGCGGAGGUGCAUCCACUUGAACAUGGAGCUGACAGAGGUGCGCAGACAGACUGACCGGGAGUUCAUUUCCCUUCUGAAUGCUGUCCGCCUGGGCAGAUGCACAGAGGAAGUCACCAGACAGCUGGCCCUAACAGCUACCCACAGAGUGGAGAGAGAUGGAAUCCUGGCUACUCGGUUAUGCACCCACAAGGACGAUGUGGAGCUCACAAAUGCCCGACAGCUGCAGGAGUUAUCGGGCGAACAAAGGUCCUUCAAGGCGGUGGACAGCGACCCUGGGUUGGUGAAAACUCUUGAUGCACAGUGUCCUGUAAGCAGUGUUAUUGAGCUCAAACAAGGUGCCCAGGUGAUGCUUACCAAGAAUCUUGACGUGUCCCGAGGUCUUGUAAAUGGGGCUCGCGGAGUUGUGAUUGGAUUUGAAACGGAAGGAAAAGGGUUGCCAAAAGUGAGGUUUCUGUGUGGUAUCACUAGUGUUGUUGGGCCAGAACGAUGGGUUUUAAAAGGACCAUCAGGAAUCUAUCUGAGUCGUCACCAGCUGCCCCUGAAACUUGCCUGGGCCAUUUCUAUCCACAAGAGCCAGGGUAUGUCUCUUGACUGUGCUGAGAUCUCCCUAUCUCGUGUCUUUGAAUGUGGCCAGGCAUAUGUAGCACUUUCUCGAGCACGUAGCCUUGCAGGUCUUCGUGUUCUGGAUUUUGAUCCCAAGGUAGUGAGAGCCAAUUCAUAUGUGUUGCAGUUCUACAGGCAUUUGAGGAAAGACCAAUUUCUAUCUCAGGCUUCUCUACGCUCCUAUAUUCAGGCUGAUAAAGAAAAUGGAGAAGCUACCUGAACUGUAUGUGGAGAAUCCUAGACACCAUUUUAUUGUUCUUAGUAAAAAGACGAAGUAUCCUGCAAUGCAAUUUGGGAAACAACUUCCACAGAUUAUCAGUAUGUAGGUUUUAAAUACUGAAGCACAGUGUGCCAGCGCCAGGAUUGCUCUGUUCUUUAAUAAUAAUAAAACAAAGUACAUAGAAUAUUUCUCACGAUCACAGACGACCACUUGUCCAAGAGAUGAACAUGAAGUCAAGUUUUGAAACAAAAUCGUUUUAUUAUUGCAU